AUGUCCGAAGACAGAUACGCGAAGAACUCGACAGCGCGCCGUACAUCGACUAGUCAGGAUGCCAACUAUUUCAAUCUUUCAGUCCCUCGACCCGGUCCGCCGUUCCUAUUCCUCACGUUUGCGACACCCUCUCACACUUCCCACGAGCCUCCUCGAUCUACCCCCUGGGAGAGAGCUAUGCAAGACGGCGCAUUUACAAACUCAACUUCCCCAACAGGCUCAGGAGUUGAUAGACAGAGGGCUGAUUCCUUGUCUGCUCCUAACCUGAAAUUUGGAGUCGAUCCGCCACGGCCGCCUCGCGAGGGAUACGAACACGAUCUCCCAGCCAUUCAGCAAGUAUGGACGCCAUACUUGUCCGAGUCUGACCAUGUUUUCUCACUGCAACACCCCACAGAGCCCGUUUCCCCAGCCGCUGUUGCGAUGACCCCGUCGAGAUCCCAACAGUCAAGUGAAAGCAUUGUGGUCUCGCCUAGCUCAAAGAGCCACCGCUUGGUUAAUGUCCCCGAAAAUCCUUCGCCUGAGAGCAUUGCCCAUUCAUUUCUAAAAACAGGGCCCCCAACAACCCCGUUAUUAUCACCUAGGGUCUUGUAUAUGAGGGCUAAGAAGGAAAUCGAGUCCAAAGUCAAGCAAAAACACCAUGAUGACUUGCAUAUCCAUCAGCCCACAGCCAUCGGUAUUCGUCCUGAUAUUGAAUAUUCAACAAAGUCUUCUUGCAGCGAACUGACUUUCGAAGAAGAUCGUCAGACGCGAGCAACAGUUGAAGGCACCAGAAAAUUUCUCGCUGCUCAAAACAUCAGCAGGUCAGGAACGUGGUUCAAAGAUGAGCUCCACACAUCCAGGAUUGGCCGCAAGCUUUUUGGCAGAGCACCGUGGCAUCGGAAGGAAUCUGCCGACUCAUUCACGAGUGUUUCCAGCUCCAUACGAGCAGUUCUCAAGGGCAAGACACCGCCUGCGACUCCUGCAAACCAUGGCUUAAGCUAUACAAGUACGUAA